AUGGCUGCAAGAUUUUUUUUGGGUGUUUUUGAAUCUGGUCUUGCCCCUGGCGUCACAUAUUACAUUACAAAAUGGUACAAGAAAUCUGAACAAACUUAUCGUAUUAGUUUGUUUUUUUCUGGUGCUACAAUUGCUGGUGCAUUUAAUGGUCUUUUAGCAUUUGCUAUUGCGGGCUGUGCAAUGAUGGUAGCCUGGGGCAACAUAGGUGGUGUAAUAAGCGCGCAAAUAUACAAAUCCGUUGAUGCUCCUGCUUAUAAGACUGGUCAUACUAUUGCAAUAUCAUUUGUAGUUGUUGCCAUAAUUUUAUCCAUAAUUCAAUAUUAUUUAUUGAAUAAUGCUAAUAAAUCUAAGCUUAAAAAUCCUGAAAAGUUUUUAAAAAAAUUAAAUGGAGAGGAUGUUAUGAAUUUGGGAGAUUUACAUCCUUCAUUUAUUUAUA